UAUUCUCUUGGCGGGGCCCAUCUCAUCUUUUCUUCUCCUUUCUUCUUUGCUUCUUUAGGCCGGCCCCGACUUUUAGUGCAAAUGAUUUAAAAUGCUUGGACUUUUCUUUGUUUUGUUUGUUUUUUUUUUCUCUUUCAUCUCACAUGGCCGGCCUCCUCCUUUUUCUUGUUCUUCCUUCUUUCUUUGCAUUUGGCCGGUGCCCCCGACCAUCAUUUCAGCACUAACAAAAAUAUUUUAAUUGAUUUUUUAAUUGACCACAUGGAUGGCUGUUUAUGUGAAUUAUUAUUAUUAUUAUUUAUAAUUAUUAUUUUUAAGCAUGUAAAAUAUUUUACGUUUGUACAUUCAAUCCACCUUUUAUCGUUUUCAACAUAUAAAUUCGUAUCAAUUAUCUUAUCGGGACAGUUAUGUUAACCACUAUACGAAGAGACGACGUGUUACAUAUGGUAUUCAUAAUAAAGGAGAAAAGAUGGGUGGAAUUCAAAGGAGAGCAAGAUCCAACCACAAUCCCCGUUGAAUGGAUAUGUUGGUUGAAUGGGCAGCGAAAGAAAGCUCCAACUCCAGAGGAAAUAAUGGAACUUGAAGCAAGGCGUGAACGUGUUAGGCUUAACGUUGCUCGUACGUAUUCUUAGGAUCAUCACUUAACGUGUUCUGCCACUGUAUUCUCUGAAAAUGAUUUGUAAAGCACCAUCACGAUGUAAAGCACUAUUGUUGUGAAAAUGUAAAUCACUACUUCAUUCUCUCUA